CGGGGAUGGGGACGGCGGCCCUGGGAGCCGAGCUGGGCGUGCGGGUCCUGCUCUUUGUGGCCUUCCUGGUGACCGAGCUGCUCCCUCCCUUCCAGCGGCGGAUCCAGCCCGAGGAGCUGUGGCUCUACCGGAACCCGUACGUGGAGGCGGAAUACUUCCCCACCGGCCGCAUGUUUGUCAUUGCCUUUCUCACUCCACUGUCCCUGAUCUUCCUCGCCAAGUUUCUGAGGAAAGCUGACGCUACGGACAGCAAGCAAGCCUGCCUCGCUGCCAGCCUUGCCCUAGCUCUGAAUGGUGUCUUUACCAACAUAAUCAAGCUGAUAGUGGGCAGGCCACGCCCAGAUUUCUUCUACCGCUGCUUCCCCGAUGGGCUGGCCCAUUCUGAUCUGACAUGCACCGGGGACAAGGAUGUGGUGAACGAGGGCCGAAAGAGCUUCCCCAGUGGACAUUCUUCCUUUGCAUUUGCUGGUCUGGCCUUUGCUUCCUUCUACCUGGCAGGGAAGUUACACUGCUUCACGCCACAAGGCCGAGGCAAGUCCUGGAGGCUCUGUGCCUUUCUGUCACCUUUACUCUUUGCAGCCGUGAUUGCACUUUCCCGCACGUGUGACUAUAAGCACCACUGGCAAGAUGUGCUAGUUGGCUCCAUGAUUGGAAUGGCAUUUGCCUACAUCUGCUACAGGCAGUACUAUCCCCCUCUGACUGACGUAGAGUGCCAUAAACCACUUCAGGACAAGCACAAACUUCCAUCCUCACAGAGUCCCAGGGAGUUGCACCAUUUGGAUAUUUAGCUGAAUCUACCUCAGUGGAGAACAAGCAGAUCAACCCUCCUAACUGGGCAGCACGCACAAGCCAAGGAUCUCUGGCUUGACCUCUUCAGGGUCAAAGUGAGGACACAGCCACACUGUACUUAACCUCCACAGGGCUGUGCAUUUGCCCCACUUCCAAGGCUAGACCCUGAGGUCUCAGUGCUUGGCCUGGCACAGCUCUGUUGGGACUUCUCUCACUAGGUUAAUGAAUCUGAUCCAUAGGAUUGCUAUUCCAAGAUCUAGUGUCUACAUUGAUUAACUGUCACUCCAGAAGAAACCUUUCCACAAAGGAAGCUUUUCGUGACCCCAUUUACCAAUCUCUGUCCUUUAUAAAUCAGGGCAACACUAGCCAAACUUUGAUUCUGCUUCCUUUUUGUGGUAACAUUCCAUUAAGCCUUAAAUAAUAAAACAUCCAA